CUUUUGUUACUAUUUACUAUUUUGUUAUAAAUUUGCAAAUAUUUGUAAGCUACAAUAUUUUCAUGUACUUAUCAGUGUAUUGUUUAAUAUCAUUGUAAAUUCCGAUUGUAAUUAAUAACAAAAAUAUGUCAAAUCGUGAAUUAAAAGUAUCGAGUACUUAUAAUUUUUCGUCAGUUUUAUGUUGCAAGAUAUAACUUUAAUUUAUUGUCUAAAAUUAUUUCGAAAUGAACAAAUUAAAAUCAUCUCAAAAGGAUAAAGUGAAAAAAUUUAUGACAUUCACACAAACAUCUGAGAGUGUUGCAAUUUUCUGUUUAGCCAAAAAUGACUGGAAAUUAGAACAAGCGUCAGAUAACUUUUUUCAAAAUCCACAUGAAUAUGAAACUGUAAAAGUCAACACCCAAUUAGGUUUUAUAGUUGAUAAAAGAAAGCUGGAAUCUAUGUAUAAUAAAUAUCGAGAUCCAGCUGAACCAAACAAAAUUAAUGUUGAAGGUGUUAUGCGUUUGCUAGAUGAACUCAAAUUACCUCCAGACUCAAUAUUAGUGCUCAUAAUUGCUUGGAAAUGUCAAGCAGCAGCUCAAUGUGAAUUCACCAAACAAGAAUUUUUAAAUGGAAUGAGUAAAAUGGGGUCUGAUUCAAUAGAGAAAUUAAAAAUUAGAUUACCAAUUUUAGAAAGAGAACUUUCAGAUCCAUCAAAAUUUAAAGAUUUUUACUAUUUUACAUUCAAUUAUGCUAAGAAUAUAGGUCAAAAAGGUCUAGACCUCGAUAUGGCUAUUACUUACUGGAACAUUAUUUUUGUGGGCCGAUUCAGGUUCCUGGAUCUAUGGUGCCAGUUUCUUAGAGAACACCACAAUAAAUCAAUACCUAGAGAUACGUGGAAUCUUUUAUUAGAAUUUGCUUGUGUCAUUGAUGAAGAAAUGACAGAUUAUGACCAAGAAGGAGCAUGGCCAGUUCUAAUAGAUGAAUUUGUAGAAUGGGCUAGGCCUAUAGUCUGUAGAAAUAAAUCAACUCAUAUUAUAAGUGAGACCAGAUUAUUGUAAAAAUGAAUGAAUAUCAUCAUAUACAUAUGUUUAUAAAUUAUAAUAUUGAAAAUGUUGAUUCUCUGUUUUAAAUUUGUUCGAGGGAGAAUAAUGUAUGACUGCUCUACUAAAAUAUGUACCAUGGGAAUAUUUUUAAAACAUGUUAUUUAAUUUUUAUAGCCUAAAUUAUAUUAACAUUGUAUUCAUUAUCUUUUAAAAAAUUUGAAUUUAAUAAUUAUUGUGUUAUUAAAGCUUUAAUGAAUGAAGUAUUUAGGUCUCAUUGUUUGUUGAUAUAGAUUUUAAUAUUAUAGGUUGUUUGUAUACAUUUAAAUAAUAUACAUUUUUGGUUCUGGCUUUGAACAAUUAUUACUUAAUUGUAAAUUAUUUUAACAAUAUAAUAUAGUUAUGUAUUUAAAUAAAUAGAAUAUGUAUUUCUUAGAACAGAGCAUCUAUUUGACAGAAAAAAAUUAAUACAAUCGAUUAUAAUUAUUAUUGUUAAAAGCCAUUUACUUUUACUAAUGACAUUAAUUAAUUAUACAAUUUAGGUACAAAGAAGAAAUAUAAUGAAUAAUGUAUGCAAUACUAUAAAAUAAUUUUUAUUAUGUUUAAAAUGUUCAAAACUUAUUAAGGGUACUGCUAUUAGUGUAUUUAUACAUUUUAUUAUUUUAUGUAAAUUGCAUUAAAGAAUACACACAAGGAAUCGAUAUAAUACUGUA